UGACCUGACCAUUCCAAUCUAAGUAUUAGUUCACACUUCAGUUAUAUAUAUUCAUCGUUAAUGCAUGGCUUUCGCUUCAUAAAAAUCCACAAGACUCAUCAUUUGCAUUCAGUAAAAUACUCCAUGAUGAUUAAUUAUAAUCAUACUGUUUUUGUAUUUCUUCUUUUGUCCUUGGGGAUAUUCAAACUGGGUUCAUGCUCUGAAAAUAAUGUGACAGUGAAAUGCAUCCAGAGUGAAAGAGAAGCACUUCUCAAAUUCAAGAAAGGCGUAAAUGAUACUCCAGCUGGUAAGCUUUCUUCAUGGGUCGGUGAAGAUUGCUGCCAAUGGAAAGGCGUAGAGUGCGACAACGAAUCAGGUCAUGUUACCAAGCUCAAUCUUAGCAACCCAGCUGGACGCCACAGGCACUUUGAUUAUUACGAAGAACUUCAAUAUGAUGCUAUUUCUAAUAGGAACCGCCCCUGCGAUGCUUGCAAUGAUCCUUGUGCUUCCGGUGCUCCUUUCAGACGGGGGAGGGGCUGUAGAAAGUCUUCGAGGUCAUUGCUCGGGGAUGUUAAUUCAUCUUUUUCAGAGGAUGUCAAUGCAUCUCUUUCAGGGGAGAUUACUCGUUUUCUCGGCAAUCUGUCGAGCCUGACGCAUCUUGACCUUGGAGGAAACUACAAUUUGUCUACCCAAAACUUGGAUUGGGUCUCAAGUCUCUCUUCUUUAGAGUACCUGUAUAUGGGGGAAGUGAAGAUCAAUCAUACCAAAGCAGAUUGGCUGCAUGCAAUUAACAUGCUUCCUUCCCUUCGGGAGUUAAGUUUAUAUUCAUGUGAGCUUAAAUACCUUCCAUCUUCCCUUACUUUCCUUAAUUUGACCUCUCUUCGUGCCCUUGAUUUAUCAUACAACCCAUUUAACACCUCCAUAAAUUUAUCAUACUACCCAUUUAACACCUCCAUACCUCAGUGGCUGUUUAAUCUUACGAGCCUCACAAGUCUUGAUUUGACUUUUAGCAAUCAAAAUGGAAAAAUCCUUGAUUCAUUUGGGAGACUUGGAAGCUUGAAAUACCUCUAUCUCGGUGGUAACAAUUUUUCUGGUUCAAUUCCAGCUUCUAUUGGCAAUUUGUCAUCCUUGAAAGAGUUGGACCUCUCAUAUAAUAAGAUGAAUGGAACCAUUCCAGAAAGUUUUGGGCAACUCUCAAAGCUAGUCAAAUUGUAUCUCUUAGAAAAUUCUUGGGAAUGUGUCAUAACAGAAGCUCAAUUGAUGAAUCUCACAAGACUAGAAGAGUUUGUACUAACAACUAAUAAUAGAAGUCAACCUCUAGUUUUCCAUGUGAAAUACGACUGGCGUCCUCCUUUCAAGCUCAAAAUUCUUCAUCUAGAAAGUUGUCUCAUUGGCCCUGAGUUUCCUAAAUGGCUUCAAGUUCAAAGUGAGCUUACCUAUGUCAUCCUAAAAAACGUUGAAAUCAAAGGCACUAUACCUGAGGAAUGGUUCUCUAUGAUAUCUUCUAACCUCACCCACUUGGAUCUAUCCAACAACCAGAUAAAAGGGAACUUGCCGCACCAAUUAGUAUUUCCAAAUGUGACUAAGCUAUUUUUGCAAAGCAAUUUGUUUUCAGGCCCUAUCCCAUCAAAUAUUAGUGAUCUAAUGCCAAGCUUGCAAUAUUUAGAUCUUUCAGAGAAUCACCUCUAUGGUAAAAUUCCUUUGUCCAUAUCAAAAAUAAAACAUCUUAAUAUUCUUGUCCUCAAGAGAAACAAUCUUUCAGGAGAGCUCCCUCAUCAAUGGAACGAGUCACAAAAGGGCUUGCAUGUUGUUGAUAUUUCAUACAACAACAUAUGUGGAAAAAUUCCAAGCUCAAUGGGUUUCUUAGGAAACCUUUCUAUAUUAGUGUUGAGCAACAACAAUCUUAGUGGAGAAAUUCCUUCUUCCUUGCAAAAUUGUUCUAUUGUGAGCAUGGAUUUUGGGGGGAAUCGUCUCUCGGGGAAACUUCCGUCAUGGAUAGAAUCAAACAUCUUCAUGCUACGCUUACGAUCAAAUCUAUUCAGUGGAACCAUCCCUCGAAAAUGGUGCAAUCUUCAGAAACUUCGCAUCCUAGAUCUUGCACAAAAUAAUCUGUCUGGGGGCAUUCCAGAUUGUUUGAACAAUUUUACUGCAAUGGUUGGUCACAACAUCGUUGGGUACGAGCCUAUUGAGAACUAUACAGAGAAAGCAUCCAUAAUGAGAAAAGGAAGAGAGAUGGAAUAUGAUCGCACUCUCCCAUUAGUUACCUGCAUUGAUCUUUCAGGGAAUAAUUUGACAGGAGGAAUUCCUUUUGAAAUAACAAGCCUCACAAGAUUGGAUACACUAAACUUGUCAAUGAAUCAUCUCUCUGGAAACAUUCCCGAGAAUAUAGGAAACCUGUCUUUGUUGGAGACACUUGAUUUCUCAAACAAUAAACUUUUUGGACCUAUUCCUGAAAGCAUGUCUUCUUUGACUUCAUUAGUAAAGUUGAACCUAUCUUUUAACAACUUGACAGGAAGAAUCCCAUCUGGUAAUCAACUUCAAACAAUAAAUGAUGCAACCAUGUACAAGGGAAACCCUUUGUUGUGUGGGUCUCCUCUUUUGACCAAGUGCCCUGGAGAUGAAACUUCUGAUGACCCAACUAUUACCAGUGUUGAAGACAAACAAAAUGGAGAUGAUUAUGAAAGGAUAUGGUCCUAUGCUAGCAUUGGACUCGGAUUUGUUGUAGGAUUUUGGAGUGUUUGUGGCACCAUACUAUUGAAAAAGUCAUGGAGGCACCGUUAUUUUUGUUUUUGUGAUGACAUCAAAGAUAGGAUAGCAUUGCUAAUUGCAUUGAAAGUAGUUCAUUUGAAAAGGAAAUUUGGACUGGAAAAGAGUUGAAGUUUGUAGAUUGUAAAGCCGUUUCAGUUCUAAAAUUGAGGUACACGUGUUUGGUGAAAUGUUAAGUUAAAUAUUUUAGUUCCUGGUUUU